CCUCCAGUCUGCAUGUGAGCACAAACAGAGGAGACUCACCGCAGGACGACCAAGCACAAUCAUAGGGCAACAAAGGGACGCAUGCUUAAACCACGGCAUCACAUUAAUAAGAUUAUUUAAGACUCCUGCACAGACAUCUUUUUUUUUUUUCUCUACCUCUGUCCUCACCUUCGAGAGCCUACUAAAACAUCAUGGAGCUGGAGCACUUUGAUGAGCGGGAUAAGGCUCAGAGAUACACCCGAAGAGGGUCUAGAGGGAAUGGACUCCCUAGCCCCACUCACAGCGCUCACUGCAGCCUGUACAGAACCAGGACACUGCAAGCCCUGAGCUCAGAAAAGAAGGCCAAGAAGAUUCGUUUCUACCGCAACGGUGACCGUUACUUCAAAGGGAUUGUUUACGCCAUAUCUCAAGAGAGAUUUAGGUCUUUAGAUGCUCUUCUUGCAGAUCUCACAAGGUCUCUGUCAGAUAAUGUCAACUUGCCCCAAGGUGUGAGGACCAUAUAUACUGUUGAUGGGGCAACCAAGAUUACCAGCAUUGACCAAUUGGUGGAAGGAGAAAGCUAUGUCUGUGCAUCCAUAGAGCCUUAUAAGAAGCUAGACUACACGAAGAAUGUAAAUCCCAACUGGGCAGUUGGAGCCAGGGCUGCAGGUGCUGUCCGUGAGCCUUCUUCCCUCGGCAGUGCCAUGGCUGGAUCCCCGGAAACCAGGGAGAGCAAAGACUUCAUAAAACCCAAGCUGGUGACCAUUGUCCGCAGUGGAGUAAAACCACGAAAAGCUGUUCGGAUUUUGCUCAAUAAGAAGACGGCACACUCCUUCGAGCAGGUCAUGAGUGACAUCACAGACGCCGUCAAGUUGGACUCUGGAGUUGUCAAAAGGCUCUAUACUGUUGAUGGUAAAAUGGUCACAAGCCUUCAGGACUUUUUUGCAGAAGAUGAUAUUUUCAUUGCUUGUGGUCCUGAAAAGUUCCGCUAUCAAGAUGACUUCAAUUUGGAUGAGAGCGAAUGCAGAGUGACAAAAUCACAAUCAUACAGUCGACUGCCCUCGGUGCAUGGUCGCUCUUCCCCAAGAACUGCUGGAAUGUCCCUUAGAAGCAAAUCUCCCUCACCUGCUGGAUCAGCAAAUGGCACUGCAGGCAGUACGCUUUCUACGCCUCGUUCUGGAAAGUCUCCAAGCCCUAUUUUAACCAGCCCAGCCAGCCUCCGAAGACGACAGGGAUCCCAGCACAGUGGCUCUUCACUCUCAUUAGCCUCCACUAAGGUAUGCAGCUCAGUGGAUGAAGGUGAUGGUCCCAGCAGUGAAGCUGAACCAGUUGAUGGGAGCUCCACAAUUCCCACCUCCAUAAUAGACCGGUACAAAGUUGGAAGGAUUUUAGGGGACGGAAACUUUGCUGUGGUUCGAGAAUGUGUGGAAAGGACAACUGGAAGGGAGUACGCUUUGAAAAUUAUCAGCAAAGAAAAAUGUAAGGGAAAGGAGCACAUGAUACAAAGUGAAGUGGCCAUCCUUAGACGUGUCAAACAUCCAAACAUUGUCCUUUUAAUCGAAGAGAUUGACACCCGCUGUGACCUCUAUCUUGUAAUGGAGCUGGUGAAGGGGGGAGAUCUCUUUGAUGCCAUUAUGUCCUCAAACAGAUACACAGAGCGUGAUGCCAGCUGUAUGUUGUUCAACCUGGCAAGCGCCAUCAAAUACCUUCACAGUCUUAAUAUUGUGCAUCGAGACAUAAAACCAGAGAAUCUCUUGGUUUAUGAACAUAGUGAUGGUAGUAAAUCUCUGAAACUGGGCGACUUUGGCUUGGCUACUGUUGUCAGUGGGCCUCUCUAUGCCGUUUGUGGAACUCCAACCUAUGUAGCACCAGAGAUCAUUGCUGAAACGGGUUAUGGCCUCAAGGUUGAUAUCUGGGCAGCUGGUGUCAUCACUUACAUACUGGUCUGUGGUUUUCCUCCUUUCCGUGGCAGUGGUGAAGACCAGAUUUCUCUCUUUGAAGAGAUUUUAAAAGGCCAUCUUGAGUUCCCAGCACCAUACUGGGACAAUGUGUCUGAGCUUGCCAAGGCCCUGAUCACUAGCAUGCUGCAGGUCGUUGUGGAUCAGAGAUACACAGCUGUACAAGUGCUGGAUCACCCCUGGGUCAAUGGUGAAUGUCUGUCAGACAAGGGGCACCAGCUCUCUGUCGCUGGGAAAAUCAAGAAACAUUUUAAUUACGGACCCAAACUCGCCAGCACUGCAGCAGGAGUCUCAGUAAUUAGAGACUUAACCAUCCAGAAGUCAGGGUCUUUGGAUCACAGCCAGAAUCCAGGAUUGUGUUGGAUAAGACCACGCCACUUGAUAAAGAGAAGCAAGUUUUCCAACGAAGACGCCACCAGGAUGUGAAGGAAGCAAACAAACAGUUUCCCAGCAGUGGUGCCACCUCGCAGAGGGCUAACCUCUUCCCUGAGUCUGAGGAUUAUUCUCAGAGCCUCUAAUUGAUUUGUACCCGUUUUCUUGACUAGCCAAUGAAAACUAUUACAGCCUGGAAGCAUGAGGCAGAUUUCAAAUGGUAAACAAUACAUUUCUAUAAAUAUACAUUUUGAAUGUGUUAUUACCUCUAAGGAUACACUGCAGUUUGCAUUUCUCUUAAGUGGCUCAUUUAGUGUAAUCUGACUCUCCUUUCAAACUGUUGUCUGUAGCAAAGUAUUUUACCAGUCUUUAUUUUUUUUCCAUUGGUGCUAAAAAAAAACACAUACACUACAAUGAAUAGUUUUUCAAUGCUUGCAAUGCUUAAAGUGCAAUGCAUGAAUUUUCUAGUGGAACCAAUGACUGGUUUUAUUUUGAGGGAACGAUUGGCUCAGUGAGUGAAUAAACAAGAGUAAGAUGGGUAUUAGAAAAUGGCUUUUGGGAUAAAAACCAAAUUUGUUAACCUAAUGGCCUACCUUAAAUAUUUUCUUAAAGGCCACCUGGCAAACUAUCCAUUUUUGCUCACAUGUCACCAUUUGGUCUAGUCUGCUGGGGCCCUCCCAUGGUCACUACUGAGUACUGCAGUACUGGAUUGUAGGAUUUAAACUGUACUUUCUGAACAAUUUCCUUAUCUGGUAUAAUUAUUAUUUUUACAUAAAAUGUUUGCCCAUUUACCUUAAAUUUAAAUGUGUUCAAUUCCUUAAAUAUUGGCUUGAUGUAAUGUAUUGAUGUGGUGCAGAACUUCUGAUACUUGAAAAAUCCCACAAUUGGAUCAUUAAAUAAUUUAUUGACUUUAU